AAGAAACAAGACUUCUCUAGCACACAGCUCUCCACAUCAUGAUCUCCUCGGUGCUCUCAGUGCUCAUCGCGGCUGCUGCGGUCGCCGCAGCAGACUCGCCAUUCCCGGCAUUCUCUGGCGAUCCGUUUCAGAAAUACACUCUCAGCGCGAACGGCAUCUCGGCAUCGUUCAUCCCAUAUGGCGCGCGGUUGACGAGCUUGUGCGUCCACGACAGGAAUGGCAACUGGCAGGACGUGGCGAUUGGGUACGAUGAGGGCAGCCAAUAUCUUCAAGACACUCUCACAAACCACACGAACUUUGGAUCUCUCGUCGGACGCUAUGCGAAUCGCAUCAAGAACGGCACAUUCGAGCUCGACGGCCAGACCUACCACAUCCCAACCAACGAGCACAAGGGCGCGAACACUCUGCACGGCGGCUUGAUCGGCUACGACCAACAGAACUGGACCGUCGUGGCGCAAAGCUCCAGCAGCAUCACGUUCAUGCACUACGAUGCCGCCGAUCAGGGCUUCCCGGGCGACCUCCUCAACUACGCGACCUACACCCUCGAAGACGACGCUUCGUGGACUUCCCGCAUUGUCUCCAUCCCACUCAACGACGCCACGCCGGUCAUGCUGUCCAACCACGUGUACUGGAACCUGGGCGCGUUCGUCGAUGAGGAAGGCGAGACAAUCCUGAACCACACUCUCUACAUGCCCUACGCGAAGCGCCGAAUUGGAACGGAUGGUAUCCUGGUUCCCAAUGGCGAACUUCAGUUGGUGGCCGGCACCGGACUAGACUUCACAAAGCAAGGCACAACCAUCGGCCAGAACAUCAACAACACACUCGACGCCUGCGGCAGCGGCUGUGUCGGUAUCGACAACGCGUUCAUCACCGAUCGCUCGCCGUAUGCUGCUCAACAGGAUCCAUACCUCGAAGUCCUCAAGCUCUCCUCGGCGAGCACUGGGAUUGAAUUGACCAUCCAGACGAACCAGGGUGGUAUCCAGCUGUACUCGUGUGGCGGCCAGAACGGUAGCAUUCCGUUGAAGCAGAGUCAGCAGCAUGUCCAGGGCCAGACGUCGUACUUGCAGAAGUAUGGAUGUUUGGUGAUUGAGACGCAGGAUUGGAUCGAUGCUAUUAACCAGCCUCAGUGGGGUCGUGAAGACUUCCAGAUCUUCUCCCGUACUACGGAGCCUGCCGUCAGCUGGUCGAAAUUCUCUUUCGGUCUUGUGGAGUAG